CAAAACGACUGUUGCUGAAUCACAGUUCGGGCAAUAGAAAUGAAGGGCAGACACGUAACAAGCUUUACCCUAACGUUGUGUAUUCUAACAACGUUUCUAUACAGGCAAGUUAGCAGCCAGGGGCUGGUUAACACCACAAAUGGUACCUUGAGUGGGAUCAGGGAGAUGGUUGGCGAGAAACCAGUGCACCUGUUUCUAGGUAUCCCAUACGCCAAGCCCCCCGUGGGCGAGCUCCGGUUUAAGAAUCCACUGCCCGCCCUAAACUGGACAGGUGUCAGGAAUGCCACCGAGUUUGGAGACACCUGUAUGUCGGCGUCCCCAGUGUCGCCUAAGAUGUCCGAAGAUUGCCUCACUUUAAAUAUCUACGUCCCAGGUGACGUCAUCGACAGCGGUCAUAGCAAUGUGACGAAAGCAGUGAUGGUAUGGAUCCACGGUGGCGCAUACAGGUCCGGGGCGUCCUCGGAAUAUGACUUCAGAAACUUUGCUGUGGAAGAUGACGUCAUAGUGGUGACAGUCAACUACCGCGUGGGUCCAUUCGGAUUCCUGAGCACUGGUGACGUCAACGCUCCUGGUAACGCAGGACUCUGGGAUCAAAUAGAGGGACUCAAAUGGGUGCGAGACAACAUAGCCAGCUUCGGAGGAGAUCCUAAUAGGAUUACUAUAUUUGGCGAAUCAGCUGGUGCAAGCAGCGUUUCCCAACUUGCCAUGACAACAGCCACAAAAGGUCUCUUCCAUCGAGUCAUCAGCCAAAGCGGAGCAGCACUGAGCCCAUGGGCCUGGGUACACGAUGCCAUCGACGUUGCUAUGACAAUCGGUAAUCUUCUCGGCUGUAACGCAACAACCACAGACACAGCAAAACUUGUUCGAUGCUUACAAAACCAAGACUCUGUAGUACUAAUAAACGCCAGCAGCCAAAUCACUGCUGGGAGGACUUACUUCGGGUUUAGCCCUGUUGUGGAUGGAGACUUGUUUCCUCGGUCUGUCACGGAACUGCUGAAAGAUACUGAUUCGGAUGUGUUACGUCACUUCCGGUCUGUGGACUACUUAAUUGGUUUCACUGAUUCUGAUGGUGGAGUCUUUCUCUUCAAGUUACCAUUCAACUACACCUCAGGUAUACCUGGAGACAAAUUACGUGACACGCUCAUUCCACAACUUGCUCUUCAAGUUUCAGCGCUGCAUAAGGAUGAAAUCGAGGCUAAGAUGAAAGACAUUUACUAUGAUCCCUCGGCCGAUAAGGAGGCCACUGCCCGCCAUUAUUGCGCUAUCAUGGUUCAGAGGAUCUAA